AUGGCAUCUGUUGUUGGCAGAACCAACAAGCCAGCAGCAGACGUCGAGGCCAGCGACAUAUAUGGCAAGCAAGGCCCAAUCAAGCUAAAAAUAGCCACUGGGGGAGCAGGCCAAACUGGAGUUCUUAAAGCGUUGGCAGAAGCCUUUGUUGAAUUCAUCACCACAGCUUCCUCAGAGAAUCCUCACCCACGGCCUCCUUUUCGCGUCGCCUGGCUCGCGACAGACACCUCCCUGUCUUUCAAUGCCUUGGCGUCCAGAUUGGCAGAUAUAGCGAUUGUCUAUCACCCCUACGCAGCUCAAAUUGCCAUCAGUCAGAAAGUGGCUUGUUCUCCUGCGGUUCGACUGUGGAAGGACGCCUUCAAUUUAAUUGGACCUGUAUCCAAUCCAGCUGGAUUGCCGAGCGACAACGAAACUAGCAUAUACGAGCUCUUCUCAUCAAUUUUUCAAGCAGCUGCUCACGAAGGGUCUAAGGUCAGCUUUCUCAGUCGAUAUGACAAGUCGGCGAACAACAUCCUCGAAAGUCGAAUUUGGAGUACAAUUGGGCAGACCCCAUGGGCCGAACCAGCAACAUUAUCAGAAUGGUAUACCAAGCACAUCGCGUUUCCAGCUGAGGCGCUCAAAGAGGCAUGCAAGAUAGGAGCAUACACUCUCGUGGACCGAGGCACAUGGUUGCAAAUGUGCAAUGACAAUGAGUGUGUAGGGAUGAUGUGCUUCAAGGAAGGAAGCAUUACAUGGGACGAAGAUCAAAAGAGUCAUGAUGUGACGCUGUCCAGAGCGUACCAGCUCGAUGGAGAUGGUCUUCGAAACCCUGCUUGUGCAUUGGUCAGUCCAGAAGCUACAGACAAGGCACUGGCUGAAGCAUUUGUGAACUGGGUGGCCUGGGACGACGGCGGACAGGACGUGCUGUGCAGUUUUCGUGAAGACAUCGCUGCGAUGAAGCGUCGCGUGGCUGAAAUGGAAUCAGAAGCAGCUCGACUACGAGAAAUGCAAUCACAAUUCGACGGCCAGAACCCAGAAGAGCGAGGAGGCGAAGGCAGCAGGUCACGGGAAGACCGUGAAGAUGUCGACGCUCGCUCCGUCUUCGUAGGCAACGUCGACUACAGCGCAACCCCAGAAGAGAUUCAGGCACACUUCAACAACGGCGCCGGCUCCAUCAAUCGAGUAACAAUCCUCCUGGACAAAUUCACGGGUCAUCCAAAGGGGUAUGCUUAUGUGGAGUUCUCAGAUCCUAGCUACGUGGCUCAGGCUCUGGUAUUGAACGAAAGUGAAUUCAAGGGGCGGAACAUCAAGGUGGUACCCAAAAGAACGAACCUACCGGGCAUGACCCGAGGCCGAGGAGGAGGACGAGGCGGCGGCGGACCACCAAUGCGAGGAGGAAGAGGAGGGUUUGGCAGAGGAGGUGGUCCAGGUGGUAGCGGUGCAAGCUAUGGUGGUGGCUAUGGAGGCGGAGGUGGUUAUGGUGCUCCAAGAGGCGGUGGUGGUUUCAGAGGAGGAUUUAGAGGUGGUCGUGGUAGCAGAGGCUACGCACCUUAUUGA